UCAACAUCCUUCAUAAAUUGUGGCGCCCAGAACUGAACACAGGAUUCUAGGUGGAUCUAUGACUCAUCCCUCUAUGAAUUAAAUAAAUGGUGGGCUCUCGUCUGGCCGGAGGCCUCUUGUUCUUUCUGCACUGCCCUCGGUUACAACAAUUCGCACACAAAGUGGAAACCGGCUGCUGGCUGAGGCUUGUGGGGGAAGGUUUGCUGGGGGGAAAACAAACAGUGCAGGAAUCAAAUCCCAGGAUAACUGACAAGAGGACGGAAAGUGUCGUUGCGAGUCAGACGUAGGAGAACGGAAGAGCGGAUCCUCAAGGCUUUAAACCAGCCGGUCGCACUAUGGAAGGAGAGAGCAGCACUUCUUUCAUGCCCUUUGUUAAACAGUCCAAGAUGGUCAGCAGAUACCAACAAGAAGCAGAAGCAGAGGCUGCCAGCUCAGACUGUUCAAAUAGCAACAUUUGGGAUGGUCUCAGCCAACAACCAGGCUCCUGCUGGAUGGAAGAAUAUAACGAGGCACCGUCCCUGCUGACAUCUGGCUGCGUAGUACAAAGGCCUGCUGAGGGUGAAAGAGACCCUUUCCCCUGGCAGAUUAUUUCAACCACACAGAAACUCCCAUCGCCCAAGGAGCUGUGCCGGAAGAAGAAAAAGGGGCCAAAACGAAAAAGACUUGAAAAUGUCAGAGCCUUGUCUGUUUGCUAUCAUCUGGAGGAGCUGAGGCGGCGGCAAAGCAGCAUGGACGAGCUGAAAAAGGCUAAAUGGGGUGGGCUUGUCCCCCAGCCAUUCUCCGAAGGAGCAGGAGGAACUGCUGACUCGCCCACAAAAGUAACGUGCCAUGAUGAGGAUGAUGAAGAAGACGUUCUGAGCCCCUUCAGCAUCCUGAAUCCAUCUUUCCAGCUCUAUGAAGAGCACCGAGUCUUCGGCGAACGCAGCAAGGCGCAGGUCCUUUAUCCAGAGUGGAACCCCACUGUGAGAGAGCAGCUGAGGAUCCCUGAAGAAAGCCCUGUGAUCUCCUACACGAUGGCUACACAGGACAGGUACCAAGCCUCAGUAGGCUGCUUCUACAGGGGAUUCAAACUGCAGUCGGAGGAAUGACCCUGAUGGCGUAUGUAGCCAGAGCUUGUGUGUGUGUGUGUGUGUGUGUGUGAAGGAAAACCUUUCUCAAAGCACUAAUAGUCUGCGUGGGCGGGUGGGAGAUGGCAGGCUGCUGCUGCUGCUGAUCCAUGCAUACUGAAUUAACAGGCAGGAACUGGGAAAUGAGAUGGAGAAAGUGAAGGGGUAUAUAAUAUCUCGAAAAGACCUGCCCUGUUUGACUCCUACCCAUAGCAACUCCCCCUUGUUCUUUGGAAGUUUAUUUUAUUUUAGCAACAAUUCUGUGACCUUAUUUGCUACACACACACACACAUGUCUAGAGGGAGUUUGCUCUCAGCAAAUGUUCCUUUCGGCUGGGGCGGGGGAAUAAAGAGGGGGAGCCACUGCCGUGGGAGACAUCAGGAGUGUUUCCAUAGUAAUGCAGCAGAAGAAGUAGAGAGGAGGCCUUGCUUGGAUCGAGCUCUGCAUCUUCCUUCCCUCCCUCCCCAUAUAGCGUAGGUGUGUGCUGUGCCGUGUUUAUUUGGAAUGAAAACCCCACCAGGCAGUUUCCACUAGUCUGGAAUCUUUUCCCCUCUCACCUGCAGCUCUCAGGUCUGGUAAAAGACCAUUCUGGGACGCUGGAAUUCAUACAAAGUACCUGGCUGAUCUGAGGGGCUCUUUCCUUCCCACACACCUCUUCCCCAAAUAGGCAACUUCUUGCUUGGCCUUUCAGCAGGAGCCAUCUGUCCCCCAUUCCCCCCGCCCCCCCCCCCGUCUCUUGUAUCCAUUGAGAAGGAUAACUUAAAUUGUGCCCUUCUUUUUCUUACAAAAGAGCCAGGGUUAUGCUUAUUCUGCUUUGACAAGAUCUGUCUGGGGGAGUUUGCUGUAUCUUCCCAUUCCAGUAAAUGUGAUGCCAAAGGGGUCCCUCACUGACCUCUCACUUCUCUCACAUCACUUCCUUCUCACCUCCAACGUGAAUUAUAAAUGCUUCUGAGACUGACCAAGUCUUUGUUGCAAAGUGUCUAGCAUGCCACACUGCAGACCAAACUGGUGGCGGAGGAGGAGGAGGAGGAGGAGGACGAGGGAGGGAGCCUUGUUUCCCAGGUUCCCCUUUUGAUGACUCAGAGCAAAAGAGAUAGAAGUUUCAUUGAAUUUUUUCUUGUUCUGCAUGAGGGUAAAUUGUUGUCUGCCUGGGGCCAAAUUGAUUCCAAGAAGCUCACGAUAAUGGGCUUAUAACUGCUUCACAGCCACCUCAAAAGCCAGCCUGAGUUGAUAAACAGCAUUCUGCGAUCAUUAGCAAUAAUAUGGAAUGUCGAAUCCAAACACUCCAACCAUGCCCUAAAGCUCUGUAUCCUCAGUGGUUUGGGAUGGAAUUUAAAACACCGAAAAUGUUUUAUUUGGGGGGGGAACCCUAUAAACACAAUCACCACCAGGCUUUUAAAUGUAUGGCUGCAAUGUUUCUGAAAUGCAGGGAAUCUCUUUAUAGGAUAUUUCAAAUGUUAGCUUUUGCACGAGGCCAUUCACAGGUGCUUUCAUUACAAACUGUUCCAAUCUCAGAAGGGUACUGUGACCCACAGACCAGGCAACAAUACCUUGCUAAAAAAUUGUUUUUAACCAAAACUCCUAAACCUGAACUAUUUUAUGGCAGCCAGUAGCUCUAGAGUACAAAGCUUUUCAAACUGCUCACUGAUAACAGUUAAUACAUGGGUAGUAUAGCUGUGCUAGGACAUUAAAAAAAACACACAACCCAAACUGCAGUAUUUGGCUACAUCUCUUGUGCUGCAUUAAUGCAAGUUAAUGUUGAAAUACCAUUAAUGUGAAAGGAAAUGCUGUACCGUUACAUUUAAAAGGUAGAGUUUCAGUUGUUUUAACUUUCUAUUAAAUGCACAGUGUGUGACCAGA